AUGGAGACACAGCUGGACUGGAAUGACUCCACAGACAUCCUUCAAGGCAUCAUGGUUGGACACGAAGGACAUGAUCUGUCCGAUUUUAGACCCUCGAAUAUCCCCUUCGAUGCCGCAAACCCACUACUAGACCUCCAACUCGGAUCGCUCGAUCCAACAGUUAACCACCCACUCUUAAGCCAGUGGCCUUCACACCCCAGUGACCUAUACUACUCCCAGUACGCUCACUCCCGUCUGAUAGGCGACCAAGAUGCCUGGAAUCCGCUACUGGCCACCGGUGUCCCGGCUGCCUCAUCCAUCUCGCACUUGAACAUGUCUGUUCAGAUGCCCGACCAGGACUGCUGCCUCUCGCAACAUCACUAUAGCGAGCCAUCUGAGAACGGGAGCCAGUAUAUAGAUAGCUAUCAUUCCGCUGAUUCCGGGUACGGUGGGACCAGCUGUGCAACGCAAUCUGUUGUUGCUUCUUCGUACAGCGUGGACUCGAGCCCGCACGUCGAGAUGACAGAGAAUAUGCCUACGGAGUCGGGGCCUUUGUUUGGUCAUUCCAAGUAUGGAUCUGUGUCUGGGUCAUCGUACACAUCGGAGUUUAUGGGCUCGCCGUCGCAGUUGGUGGAUACCUCGAUGCGAUGCGAUCAUCCAUCGUGCAAGUGGGUUGGGAAAUGUCCUUCGGACAAAAGGAAACACGAGGCUCGCCACAAGAAACUCUUCAAAUGUGACGUUCCAAAUUGCCCGCGGAAGGACGGCUUCGGCACCAUUAAUGAUCUGGCCCGUCAUAAAAAAUGCGUUCACAAUAAGGAGCCCGAGCGUGGGCCCAAGAUGAUGUCCAUGGAUUGGUACGAGACAGUCAUCCUCCACCAACCAGAACAGAACUUCGACGAGCGUAGCUCAAGGGACGAGUCGGUAUUAGAAGCGGAAGAAGAUGAGGCGUCUGUCCAGUCAACCGAUCUCGAGCCGGAAUAUGAUUCCAUGUCUCAACAAAGGACUGAUAUCUUCACAUUUGGUGCUGCCACACCAAGACCCCCUCAGUAUGGUACGCCGUCUCUCGCAGACUCGACUCCUUCUCAAUCGCCUGCUUUUGGUUCCAUGGGUCUGUCAAAAACGAGUCAAGAUCCGUCCACUGAACGUGCCAUCGCAAGGCCUGAUGGAUCGGUUGCAGACGCCGCUGAUAACUUAAUCAACGCCAUGACAAAGAUGAUAAACAGCCGCGGGCGGAGAUCAAGUCAGAAUAUGGAUGAGGGAAUCGAUCUUGAGACCGACGCUGCUCAGCUCUCCCAACCCCAGCGGCAAAUGCUACAGAAGUUGCUUUCGGUGGCAUUGGAACGGUUAUCUGACGAAAACGAAGCCACCGCCCAAGGUCCUGAUAGCGAAAAACGUGGGUGGUUCCAAUGUGACGCGUGCCCAAAGCAGACCCGGCUUCGCUGUGAAAUGAAAAAGCACCAGAAGCGCCACGAUCGACCCUACAGCUGUACAUUCCCCCACUGUGCCAAGUCAUUCGGCAGCAAGGCCGACUGGAAGCGCCACGAGAGCUCCCAGCAUCUCGGUGUGCCCAGUUGGUUCUGCACGGAAACCGAUGUGCAAACAGGCGCCUCGUGCGAGCGGCUGUUCUAUCGACCCGACACAUAUACCCACCACCUGCGCCAGCAUGGAAUUCAUGAAUAUCACGUCGCAGCUUGGGCUGGCAAUCACCGGCUCGAUCUGGCCGGCCAGUCAGAUUUUUGGUGUGGAUUCUGUAACCACAGAGUCACACUAAAGACCCAUGGCCCCGAGGCCUUGGAUGAGAGGUUUAAUCAUAUUGAUAUUGAGCAUUUCAAGAAAGGAGAGAGGGGCCAGGACUGGCGGUUCCCGUCUUCGUCCCUCGAGGGAAACGAGAUGGAUCAGACCAAGGAUGCUGUGGUACAGACGCUUGAUCACAGUCUAAAAGCUACAACGACGGGCGAGCGGAAGCGCAAAUAUGCUGCGGCAUGA